CACACUUGUCAACCUCCUUGUUUAUGUUAUCAUUCGAUAUUUUGGGGGGUGGAAAUGAAUGAAAAUAAAACGUUUAUACGGUCGGGUUAUUAAAUAUUUCCGCCCCAGUUGGAACUAAUAUCGCUUCCAUAUCCACCGAUUAUUUCAUAACAAAUGUGACGCGUACAAUUAAAAAAAAAAAAAACGAGCAGCAAAAAAGACAACAUUUAUGACAGGUGAUUAACCUUUACAGGACUUCCUUUGUACUCUUAGCGGCCAAUUAAAAUGUCUCCACAUCACCACAGACGGGACUACAGGCGUCAGCCCUCCAGCAAUUUCACAUAUGUUAGUCCCUGUGUCAAGUAUCUCAUAUUUUUACUUAAUUUCGUGUUUUGGCUGUUCGGAGGACUCCUAAUUGGCAUAGGGCUCUACGCUUUUGUAGACAAAUGGCAGCUCACAGGGGUCAAACUGGAAAACUUCUAUGAUGUCAUUUUAAACAUCUCCUUAGUCAUGGUGAUUAUGGGUGGAGUGGUUUUUAUCGUUAGUUUUGCAGGAUGUGUGGGGGCACUGAGGGAGAACACUUGUCUAUUGAAGUUUUAUUCACUCUGUUUACUUAUCUUCUUCCUGAUCGAGAUGGGGGUAGCUAUCUUGGGUUUUGUGUUUCCGCAGUCAAUGCAGUCACUUUUAGAGGAGCACUUCACCGAUAAAAUUAUACAUACUUACAGGGACGACCCGGAUUUGCAGAAUUUUAUUGAUUUUGCUCAGCAAAAGUUUCAAUGUUGCGGCUUGAGCAGCACUGAAGGAUACAUGGACUGGGCCAAAAACGAGUACUUCAAUUGUAGUUCCCCGAGUGUAGAGCACUGUGGAGUGCCCUUUUCUUGCUGCAUAAAUGCCACCGAUUACAGCUCGCAACUGGUGAACAUAAUGUGCGGAUAUGGGGUGCAAAAAGUGACUCUUGCCGAGGCCAGCAAAAGGGUGUGGACUACAGGUUGUAUCGAUAUAGUAUGCUCGAUGAUGGAGCGCCAUCUGUACACGAUAGCAGGAGUGGCAUUGGGGGUAGCUCUCUCUCAAUUGUUGGUGAUAUAUUUGGCGAAGACCCUCGAGGGUCAAAUAGAGCUGCAAAAGUCGAGGUGGGCCAGUUGAAACGUGGGGAUCAUUUGUAAAUAUGACGUCCUGCCAUUGUAAUCUGUGUUGUUGGGCUUAUGUUUGUUUUUUGGGAGAGGAAGGGGUGGGGCAGACACUGCCUUGUGAGCCUUUGGCUCGCUUAAAUCACUAGGAGUAUAUUUUUUAAUGUUUAGGUGAUAAUUUAGUUACUCUUAAGAGGUUGAAUGUAAAAAAUCAUCUGUUUGUAUGUUUUCAUAUGUGCUGCUCAUUUAUGGUCGGGUCUUUGUGAUGUUGUUAGGCAAAAAUCCGCCCAUAAUAUUAAUACUCAAAUUAAAAGACUUAUAAUUUAAUUACUUAAGACAGUAGGAGAUAUAUAUAUAUGUGUAGCCACUAAUAUUAAUUAAUAAUUAUCUUUUUUAUGAGGUAAAGUGGGACAUAAAUUGAAAUUUUGUAAAUUAAUCUCGUUGAUUGGAUGAAAAUAUAUUAUAUAUGAGAAAUUUUAUGAUGCGAUGGUGCCAAUUGUAUAUUUUUUAAAAAUUAAUUUCAGUUAUCGUCCGGUCCAGUAUAGAAUGCCCCCCAGGAGUAAUUUGCUGUAUUAUUAAAGGUUUCGUUCCCACUUGAGACACACUGUGUGAUAUUUUACAGUUUCUUUGUGAAUAAUCUCGGUAAUCGUAAUGUACGUUAGGUAAAUGAUUUUUCGAAUAUUUCUCUACAAUAAUUAUUACUUAUGUCAAGUGUAAGAAAUAUAACAAGUAUUUGUACCGAA